UUGUCAAUAGCAACGAAUCCAUAACCAUAUCAAAAGGAAACGCAACAGUUCUAAUUUACUCUUCCAUUAAGAUGGAGGAACUUCAAAGAAUUGGGCUGUUUAUAGAUGAUAUUUACGGACUACGAGUUGAAAACCCCAGCUUUACUGAUAAUAGAAUAAAGUAUAAGAAUAAGUGCGAACAGUAUUCUAAAUAUGUAAACAGUUUUAAGAAGUUUGCCUCGGAUUUUUAUAACAUAUCUGAUUUGCUUGGAAAAGAUGUCGAUAUAGAAAAACUACGAGCUAUUGGGACAUACAAUCGAUUUAAAAACAUACACAAUCAGCACCAGAGUAAGGAAGUUUAUCAGUCAGAGAUAUUUGAGCGAGUUGCGAGACUAGAACUUUUAAAGAGUGAGCUGCAGUAUUUACAGCAAAUCGUUACUGAACAACAUGAAAUAAUAAACAAUUUUAUCGUAAGUCCAUAUUAA